CUUGUCUAACCCUAAAUUAAUCAGAUCCCCAAUUUUUCAAACCACAUCAUUACCUUUUCAAGUCAGUUUUUUUUCUUCAAAAGUUACCAAAUUCUUUUCUCAAAUUGACAAAAAUUGAGGAGAAAUCAACUAUUCCGAUCGAUCGGAAUCAAAUCUACACAUACAGAUUCAUUUGUGUAUAUAAUAAUACACACAACACACAUAACAUAUAUAGAUACAUAUAGAUAGAUAAAUAGAUACGAAUUUUUGUAAUUUGUGUGUUUGUGGUAGCAAUGGUGAUGGCGAUCGGUGGAGAAACACGGCGGGCACACGCAGCGAUGACAAUGGUGCAACUUUUCGCCGGUGGAUCUCAUGUUAUUACCAAAUUAGCCCUGAAUUUUGGCGUUAGUCAGCUUGUUUUCUGCGUUUAUCGUGAUGUGUUAGGGCUUUUAAUUCUCGCUCCAAUCGCCUAUUUUCGUGAAAAGAGAACAAGACCACCUAUGACUAGGCGUUUGCUUUUGUCAUUCUUCUUUCUUGGGUUAAUCGGGAUAUUCGGCAACCAGCUUUUGUUUCUUUUUGGUCUCGGCUACACAACUCCAACAUACGCUGCAGCCGUACAACCUUCGAUUCCCGUAUUUACAUUUAUAUUCGCCACAAUUAUGGGUACAGAAACGGUGAAUUUGCUCAGAGUUGAAGGUCAGGUGAAAGUCGGAGGUACAUUUGUUUGUGUCUGCGGUGCCAUCUUCAUGGUUAUGUUCCGUGGGCCCGUUGUAUUCGGCUAUUCUCAGAACGACCUUUCUAUACAUAAUGAAAUUAGUGCAAGGAGUCAACCCGAACCCGCUGGAUGGUUAUUGUCUACUUUUAUAGGUCUCGGGUUUGAUACCUGGCACCUCGGUGUCCUAUGCUUGUUAGGGAACUGCAUGUGCAUGGCAGCAUUUCUCGCUAUUCAGGCUCCAGUGUUGGCCAGAUAUCCUGCAAGCCUAUCGGUUACCGCGUUUUCCUACUUUUUCGGUGUUAUUUUUCUGGUCUCAACCGCGUUUGUGAUGAACAACGAGUCAACUGAUUGGAGUUUGACAAAAUCUGAGUUUUGGGCAGUACUUUAUGCUGGAACCAUAUCAUCUGCGUUAAAUUACGGACUUUUGACAUGGUCAAACAAGAUCCUGGGACCGUCUUUGGUCGCACUUUAUAAUCCACUUCAACCCGCUGCAGCUGCGUUUUUGUCGAGAAUUUUUCUCGGAAGCCCAAUAUAUAUGGGGAGCAUUGUAGGAGGAUUCAUGAUCAUCUCGGGACUUUAUCUGGUCACAUGGGCAACACAUCGUGAAAAACAACAAGUGAUUUUGGGCGGUCGGCAUGCUCGGGCAUCUGAGUCACCAUUGAUAGGUCACAUUUUCGCGGGGACUCCCACCUCCUUACCAAAGAUUGUGGAUUGAUUCGUCGUGUCGGGUGCAGGAUUAUGGUCUUCUAAAUUUAUAUUUCUAUGACUAGCAGGGAAAAAAGAUAUACUCGAGUAGGGAUUUUGAUGUUAGAACGAUACAAACUUGACCCAUAUUUUUAACCAUACAUUAUUCCUUUCGACCCGAUAGUCGGGUAAGACGGUUGGAACAUUUGCAGAAAAGUAAUCUGGUAAUUCAGUUAUGAACAUUUUUUGCUUACAUGUGUUCUACUAUUCUUGCUAGUCGAA